UUUUUUCAAUGGCUGCAAAUAACAAACAAACACUUCAAGUUGGUACAUCUUCCAAAGAAAAGAAUGUUGAAGAAGAAAAGGAAGAGUCUAAGUUAAUAACAUCAAAUGCAAUUCGAAGCGGAUUAAAAUUAAAAAGAGGAAAUUUAUUUAAACAGAAAAAGAGAAUUGAUCCUCGAGCAAUUGAUUUAACAAUAAAAAAAGAAGAAAAAGGUCCACACAAAACUAAAGCUGAAUUGGCAUUUUUAAAAAGACAGGAAGAAACGGCGUUUGAUAGAUUGUCUAAAAGAGCGGCUAUAAGUCAUAGAGAAAAAGUUGAAGUUUUUAAUAAACAAAUGGAGGAAUUGACUGAAUUUAAUGAUAUUCCAAAGGUUUUUUUUGAAAUUUAA